UUUCCAUUUCUUGGUCGCAUUCACACGUUACAGUCCGAAAGCGUAGUUUCCAUCUGAAGCUGAAAGGUCAUCAGUCGAAAGGGUAGUUUCCAUCUGAAAGCUGAAGCAUUCAAUAUCUGUCCAUUAACAUAACAUGAGCUAUUUAUAUUCCUGGAUUGUUUUUUUCGGGUGUUCCGGCCUUGUUACAGUGCAAGGCUUCUACGGCAGUGACAACAGCAGUUUUGGUGGUUAUGGAGACACCGGAAAUCCUCACGGCGGUGGUCCACAAGGCGGCGGUCACUAUGUUGAUCCCCAAUCGCCGAUGCAGCACGGAGGCCUAGGGAUGCUACAGGGAAGACGUCUCCCUAAUUCCACCAAUUCCCAGAUGUCUCCGCAGCUGCCGAUUUACUCCGGAAGUGGAGGAAUACCCAUGAUCUUCAUGAAUCCGGAUAAGGCUGUAGCUGACGCAUUUUCUGCCAUACUGAGCAGCAUCUUUAAUUCUCGGGGGAUGCCAAUGCCGUUCUCAGUCGGGGCAGCCAAUACCGUUCUUGCUCCAGGACUACCAGGAGCACCAUUGCCCGUGCAGGCCAGUGCUGGGAACCCAUAUGCAUUAUACAACGGAAGCGAUGUUGCAGAAGCUUAUGGUGUGUACGGGAACCGAUCGACUGACAAUGCGUUUGGACGCUACGGCGGCAACGGAAGCCGCAUGGACGAUCAGUGGGGAAUCGGAACAGGUUUUGGAAGUAACCGCAGUGGACUAAACACCGGCGGAUUCCAUGGCUACGGCAUGGGCGGUGGCCCAUACGGUCGGAAUUUCAGCAGUUUUAACGGCAGUUCGCCACCAGCGAUAAUCGCGGUGCCCGUCGGACCGAUGAUGAGCGGAAACUUUGGGUCAGGGCCGCAGAUCAAUAGCUUUGGUGGAACGGUAUAUCAGUUUCCGGGUGCCACAUCGGUGAACAUCGGUUUGCCGGCACCUUCACCCAGCUUAAUUGUCCCACCAGGGAUCCUCCGGGUCCAGUUUUCUUUUUCCGGAACAAUUGCCUUUAUUCCAUUCUCGCAUAAUGCGAGUGCAGCGCAUAAUGCGAGCGCAGAAUAUAGAUAUAGUAAACUGAUCCCUAGAAAUGAAAGUGGACAUGUACCGUAGUGAACGCUUCUGUGGAUUCUGACUGUGUCUUUCUAAUUCCUACCCUAUUAGUUUUCUUGAAUCGGUCUACAUAAUGGUGUUUGGUAGGUUUGCGAUGGUGUUGUAACCUGUCAGU